AAAACAACCGAGGGAGAAAAGGAGGAGGAAAGAGCAGAAAAAACUUCAGGCACAACCAGAAGGGAUUUACAAAUCACGGAUUGGGAGAGUUUGAAAUGGCAGCAGCAGUGAUAAAGAAGUUUUUCAUUUCAUCCAUGUUCAUGUGGGUAGUUCCUAUAGCAAUUCUAUACGGUUUUAACAAUAAGUUGAUUCCUGGUUCAACUGAUCUAUCUCCUUAUUCUUUGACGCUGUUGAGUGGAUUCCUUGCUGUGAUAUCAGUAAAUAUAGUUCUUGCAUUCUACAUAUAUAUGGCAAUGAAGGAACCCUCAGAUAAACACGAGCCAGACCCCAAGUUCCUUGCUGAUGCCAAAGCUAGUGUCAAGAAGUUGACAGUUGAAGAAACUAGUACAUCUUCCCAAGCACUGAAGAAACAAGAGUAACAUAGCCAAUGCCUGUACCAGGAAAGUAGAAUGAAUUGAGAUGUUAUUGUCAAUGCUGACCAGGGUAGCAGCAGGUUUUGCCAUUUUGUAUGUUAGAAUUCAAAUGCUUUUUGGCUUCCAUUAUCAUACCCAAUUUUGAUAUCCAUGUAUCAAUCCCCUUGAGAUAUACUUGCUGGAUGUUGAUAUAAACUCAUUCAUUAGCUAGCCUGUUGCUCAAUAAAUACAAUCUCUUCGG